AUGCACCGGAUAACUUUGUUAAUAUCUGUUCUAGCUGUAGUAUGCCCAGAAGCCUCUGCCGGAUUCAUCACGAAUGCUAUAUGGAACUUCUUUAGCGGCUCAAAGUCGAGCGCCCCGGAGAGUGUAGCGAUAUUGGGUUAUAAAAAUUUGACCUACAAGCCCGGAGAUGCCUUUCCGAAAAUUAGCGUCGAUAAGCCUCUAAUUAAUGGCCAAUUCGUGCAUCUACGAGGUGUUUUGAACUAUAAUCAUGUCGAUUUCUGCGUCAAUUUCCAAGGCUCAAACGCUUCGCUAAAUCCAGUAUCAAUUUGUUCAACGUCUACCUCCGAGACCAAUCAACCAAUUUCCCCAAAAUUCACGUUUGAAUCCCGAUUCUCGAAUGGUACUGUGUUGAGGGAUAGAGCAACGAAUGGGAUUGGGGCUGGUACUCGAUUUGAUUUUCGGGUGCGGAACUUGCCGAGUCAUAUUCAGGUCUUUGCAAACCGCGGAGAAAUCGGGAUUUUUGACAAACCGGAUACGAUGAGUACGGUGACCGCCAUUACCGUAUCCGGAAAUUUCUCUGAAAUUCAAGUCUUUACUCUAACCGGAGCGAUGUAUCUCAUGCCUGCUCGACUACCUGCAGCCUUCAACGUUGGCGAUAGGAUUGAUGUGGUGGCCCAACCGAUAGCCAUUGUAAAAGACCUCUCAAGCUACAAAAAACUCCUUGGUGAUGAUGUCAAGCAAGUCUCUACAAAUAUCACCACUUCAACGAAUUCCACGACCGCUAGUCCGCUACAAACUACAACAAAUGGCACCACCACCAAGCCCGCUGACCUUUUCCACAUCGAUGAGUCGUUCCAGGCCAUGGCAAAGAGUGCUGUUGCUGAUCUUGGUUCUAACGCGACGGCCGCUGCUGAGAAGAUGAUCAAAUUGGGAGAAGUAUUGCUGGAACAGGAAAAAAACAGGACGAAGAGGAAGACGAGCCGAGGGAGUCGAACCCACUCCAGCUUCUCGGGCCACUCUUCUGAAGGCUCCCACACGUCCGGGUCUUCCGGAUCGCACUCCAGCUGGCACGGGUUUGGUUCCGGCUCUUCCGGGUAUCAUCCCCAGACUUCCAACCCGACGCAUGGACAUUUCGGUAGCAGCGGUAGCAGCUGGCACUCUUCCGGAUCGUCCGGCUCCUCUUGGUCUUCCGGAUAUCACCCUCAGACCUCAAACCCAUCGAGCGGCCAUUUUGGAGGCUGGUCUCAUCCUUCGAGCCCGAGUUUGCCGUCCGGACCGAUAUAUUUCCAUGGCUCUAACGAUCGAGGUCACUCAGCUGCGCGAUGGGCUUCUGGGCAUGGCGCUACCAUCGGUGGUGCUGGCGCAGGCUUUGCUGGAGGCUAUACAGCGGGCUAUCUGGCGGAUUCGUAUGUGCCUAGCUACAGCUAUCGCUACAACGGAAAUACCUACUACUCGUCGAGCUGCUACGACUGUGGUUACCACAGCUGCUACUCGUGCCAUUCCUAUGGAUAUCGUUCGCGAUAUAGGUCGUCUCCUACCCGAGUUCAGCAGCAGGCUAAUGUCCCGCAGAGUAACCGAAUCGAUAUCUCGCUCCUUAAGCCCGAUGGAACUUUUGGGUUUACGAUCUCGAUUCGCUACUCUGAAAAUCGAUUCGUAAUGAAUAGCUUCCAAGACGGUAUCUGGGAAAAGGAGAUAAGCCGCGAUAUACCUUUCCCAAAUUGGAAAAUAUUCGAUUUGACCAUCCAGAACUUUCAAGAGGGCCUGGGUAUCUACAUUAACGGGAAGAAGAUCGCGGUUUUUGAUCAUCGAGACGCUACCAGGGAUUUGGACAAAAUUUUGAUCGAUCGGGACGUUGAGGUAUUCGGCAUCUACCGUAACGGUGAACUGAUUACGGCA